AUGGCUUCGGAAGAGGCGUCAAGUCAUCUCGCCGAGUCCGGCAUUACCAUACACUCGGACAGCGAACAGUACUCCCCAGGCGAGGAGCUCUCUACGUCACCUGCGAGCUCAGGCUCUCCCAUCAUUCUCUAUAAGCCGCCCACUGUUUGGUCAUUAAUACGAGGCGCCGCCAUUAACCUGCUCCUUCCAUUUAUCAAUGGCAUGAUGCUAGGGUUCGGAGAGUUGUUCGCUCAUGAGGCUGCUUUUAGAUUGGGCUGGGGAGGCACAAAGGUCUUUCCCUUGUCACGAAGACGGGCGCACCCGAUCGGUCCCGGUAUUGAGGUGCGAGAGCGACGACGAGAACCAGGCCCUUCACUGGACGACUUGGCGAGCUUGGAAUAG